UGUUCUUGCGGUUUAUCAGCAGAGGAUGCUUUGGCCAGGAACUGUACAUUUGAUCCGUACGCGAUGGUCUGGGUACCUUCUUCCUCUUUGGAUAAUGAGUUGUUUCAAUUCUUCUACUCAAUGGAAGGAACAAGCAACGCUAUACCGAUCAACUCAUCCUUCCAUACUUUCCCACACCCCAAUCAACAAUUAUCAAUCCACGAAGUAUCGUUACUUGCCAAGCCGGUACAUAUGUCGGCCGUACACGCUGGGGACGAGGGUGGAUUUGUAACAACCACGAUAGAUUGGCGUUUAACCCAUCGUCUCUAUGUCUUAAUGAAGAAUGUACGG